CUUGAUCUUUUGGGACCCACUGGUGUUAUCGAAAAUGGAUCCAAGGCACUGUUCUAUUCCUCAAAACGUAGUCGCGGCAGUGAACAUCACUGGUGUAAUUGACCGAGGUCCUCCAGGAGCUCGAUUGCCCGACACAAAAUGCCCAAGUUAUACUGUUAUUGUACUUGUCAAAAAUGGUCGCUUGCUUCUCGUACAAAGUGAGGACAUCCCAGCCUCGGAUGCAUGGCGUACAAUGUCAUACGACGAUGCGCUAGCGGAUCAUCGAGCUCAUGAAGCUCGCCUUUCGCAACGACUGUCGAUUGUUGCGUCUGUUAUUGACACGAUCGAAUUUGAGAAGUCGCAAUUUGCGGUUUUAGUAUCCGAUGCCCAGCAAACUCGUCUUGUAACGCAACCUGCGGAAAAUAUACCGCCACUUGCAGCUCCGCUAGGAUGGCUUCCCCGAAUACAAGAAUCAGACUUAUAUGUUUGUCAGUGGUUGCAUGAUAGGGUACAUUGCAUAUGGAAUGGUCGGCAGGUUGAUUUCUUCACACCUUUUUCCAUUGCCAAUCGGUGGAGGGUACAGCAGAUGAUCACAAUAAUACAUCUCAUGGAGAAACUGAAGAUUGAUAUCACCUACGAACCACUUGCUAUCGUUCU